AAUGAUAGGAAAAUCAAUAAAACUAAAAGCUGGUUCCUUGAGAAAAUAAAAAAAAUGGAUAAACCAUUAGCCAGACUCAUCAAGAAAAAAAGGGAGAAGACUCAAAUAAAAAGAAUUAGAAGAUACUUUCGGUAGAUUACUCCUUUCUGCCCGUGGACACCACUGAGUAAGCAUCAUUGACGUCUCCCCCCCACCCCACUGCCGUCAUGUGUAAGUCAGAGUCACCCAAAGAGCCUGAACAGCUGCGGAAGCUCUUCAUCAGAGGUUUGAGCUUUGAAACAACCGACGAGAGCCUGAGGAGCCAUUGUGAGCAGUGGGGAGCACUCACAGAUUCUGUGGCAAUGAGUGAUCCAAACACCAAGAGCUCCAGAGGCUUCGGGUUUGUCACGUAUGCCACCGUGGAGGAGGUGCAUGCGGCCAUGAAUGCAAGGCCACACGAGGUGGAUGGAAGAGUUGUGGAACCAAAGAGGGCCGUCUCAAGAGAAGAUUCUCAAAGACCUGGUGCCCACUUAACUGUGAAAAAGAUUUUUGUUGGUGGCAUUAAAGAAGACACUGAAGAACAUCAUCUAAGAGAUUAUUUUGAACAGUAUGGGAAAAUUGAAGUGAUUGAAAUCAUGACUGAUCAAGGCAGUGGCAAAAAGAGAGGCUUUGCUUUCGUAACCUUUGAUGACCAUGACUCUGUAGACAAGACUGUCAUUCAGAAAUACCACACUGUGAAUGGCCUCAGCUGUGAAGUAAGGAAAGCCCUAUCUCAGCAAGAGAUGGCUAGUGCCUCAACCAGCCAAAGAGGUCGAAGUGGUUCUGGAAACUUUGGUGGUGGUUGUGGAGGUGGUUUUGGUGGGAAUGACAGCUUUGGUCAUGGGGGAGACUUCUGUGGCCGAGGUGGCUUUGGUGGCAGCCAUGGUGGUGGGGGACAUGGUGGCAGUGGAACUGGCUAUAAUGGGUUUGGUAAUGAUGGAAGCAAUUUUGGAGGUGGUGGAAGCUACAAUGAUUUUGGCAGUUACAACAAUCAAUCCUCAAAUUUUGGACCCAUGAAAGGAGGAAACUUUGGAGGCAAAAGUUCUGGCCUCUAUGGUGGUGGAGGCCAAAAUGUUGCCAAACCCUGAAACCAAGGUGGUUAU